AUGAAAAAGUUUGAUCAACAGCAAAUUGAGCAAAUUCUCAGGAAGAGGUUUUUUAUUGCACAGUCUGCUCAUAUAUACGGGGGAGUUUCUGGGCUGUACGACCUGGGGCCUCCUGGAUUGGGCAUAAAGACAAACAUCUUAACGCUGUGGAGAAGACACUUUGUGCUUGAGGAGGACAUGCUUGAGGUGGAGACGACGACGAUGCUGCCCUACGAUGUCCUGAAGGCGAGCGGGCAUGUGGACAAGUUCUGUGACAUCCUGGUUUUUGACGAGGAGACUGGAGACUGCUUCAGGGCGGACCAUCUGGUUUCUGAUGCGCUGGAAAAGAUGGCGCCGACGGAGGAGACGAUGAAGGAUCUCCAGAGGGUUGAUUGUAUGGGGUGCGAAGAAAUCGACGGCGUUAUAUCGAAGUACAACAUCAAGAGCACACUGGGAAACAGGCUUAGCAAGUCGCAACAGUUCAAUCUGAUGUUUGGGACGCAGAUAGGAUAUAAGGGCGGGCAGACGAUGUUCUUAAGGCCGGAGACUGCGCAGGGGCAAUUUCUGAACUUCAAGAAACUCUACGAGUACAACAACGGCAAGCUUCCUUUUGCAUCUGCAUCGAUAGGAAAGGCAUACAGGAAUGAGAUAAGCCCGAGGUCUGGGCUUAUCAGGGUCAGGGAGUUUGACCAGGCGGAGAUUGAGCACUUUGUCCUUGCGUCUGAAAAGGGCCAUCCGAAGUUUGCUGCAGUCAAGGAGAUCAGGCUGAAGCUUGUGCGUGAGGAUGGGGCUGAGGAGAUUACUUUAGGAGAGGCUGUUGGGAGAGGAAUUAUAUGCAACGAGACGAUUGGAUAUUACAUUGGAAGGACGGCGCUGUUCUUGAUUGAGCUGGGGAUUGAUAAGGAGCUACUGAGGUUUCGGCAGCACAAGAAGGAAGAGAUGGCACACUAUGCCAAGGAUUGCUGGGAUGCGGAGAUAUACACAUCCUAUGGAUGGAUUGAGUGUGUAGGGAUAGCAGACAGGUCGUGCUAUGAUCUGAGGUGCCAUGAGGAGGCAUCGAAGGUUGACCUGAGGUGUAAGAAGGAGCUUUCUGAACCAAAGGAGGUUGAGGAAUGGGUUUUGAAGGUGGACAAGAAGGAAUGGGGAGGAAGGCUUAGAGACAGGUUUUCUGAGCUGAUGGAGAUGGUCAAUGGAUUUUCGCAGGAGUAUAUUGAAAAGAACAUGUCGACCUCUGAUGAGAACAGAAACUACUUAGAGGUGAGGUUUUCUGGGCAUGCAAUUAGGUUUGAGUGUUCGAAGGUGAAGAGAAAGGUGUUUGUUGAGAACUUGAUUCCCGAUGUGAUUGAGCCAUCUUUUGGGGUUGGGAGGAUUCUCUAUGCCUUACUUGAGCACUCGUUCUACUUGAGAGAGGAUUCAAGGCCUGUGUUCAAGUUCAGGCCGAUGGUUGCACCGAUUCAAUGUGCAAUAGGAUAUCUUAUGUAUCUCAGCGAGUUUGACGAGCACAUUGGGAAGAUAAAAAGGUUUCUGACAGAUAAUGGAUUGGUUGUCCAUGUGAACGAGCGCUCGUGCAGCAUUGGGAGGAAGUAUGCGUCGUGCGAUGAGCUUGGGAUUCCGUUCUUUAUAACGUUUGACCCCGACUUUCUUAAGGAUAGCAUGGUGACGAUAAGGGAAAGAGACUCUAUGCAGCAGAUAAGGGUUGAUGUGGAGAAGUGUGCCUCCAUUGUCCUAGAGUAUGUUAGAGGACUGAGAAAGUGGAAUUAA